UAGUGAUUUGUGGUCAACCACGUGCCUUUUUCAUAAUCGUAUCCGGAAAAAUCCUUAGAAAUGGCCAACCGCCACAAAUCGACUCCGUCUCGUUUGCUCACGUGUCGCGUGUGCCUGUCCAGUGAUGAGCUGCAGGUCGCGAUCUACGGAGCGUACGCCCGGGACAGAAACAUUCCCACGAAGCUUCACGUGUGUUUACCGAUUCAGUUAAAUCCACACGACAACCUGCCAAAAACGAUCUGCUACCGGUGCCUGGCCAAGCUGGACGAGUAUUACGACUUCUAUUGCCACUCACUGACCUCGCAACGGAUCCUGAACGGGGAGGAGCUUUCGUUCAAAAAGUAUCUCCGCCGCAGGGAGGACCGGAAGCUGAUGGCGGCCGUCGAGCGGCGUAACGCAAGGGAGGGUCUAGGUCGGGAACGGGCAGUUCCAGCAUCGAUUGUGCCGGAACCUUCCGCUAGCUUUCUGGAUAUGAAGCAAAGCCAGCGGAAGAGGCAGGCGCCGAAGCCUGGAUCGCGCUCGAAGAGAUUUCACUCUGCGUACACCGUCAACGGUGUUUGAUUGAGUUGAGAGAAACGUGUAUUACCAGUAAAUGCAAUAUUUUCUCCUGAGAAUAAAUUUUUAACAGCU